AUGGCGCCGGUGCUGCCCCUGGUGCUGCCCCUCCAGACCCGCAUCCGUCUGGCGCAGGGCCUCUGGCUCCUCUCCUGGCUGCUGGCGGUGGUCGGUGGCCUCACCCUCCUCUGUAGCGGGCACCUCCUGGUCCAGCUGUGGCACCUUGGCACCUUCUUGGCUCCCUCCUGCCCGGUCGCUGCCCUGCCCCAGGUUGCCUUGGCAGCCAGUGCAGUGGCUCUGGGCACAGGACUGGUGGGUUCAGGAGCCAGCAGGGCCAGUCUGGAUGCAGCUCAAUACCCUCCCUGGCGAGGGGUCUUGGGCCCGCUGCUGGUGGCUGGCACAGCUGGUGGCGGGGGGCUCCUGGUUCUUGCCCUGGGGCUAGCCCUGGCUUUGCCUGGGACUCUGGACACAGGACUGGAGGAGGGCCUGGGGACUGCCUUGGCUAACUACAAGGACACAGAGGUCCCCGGACGCUGUCAAGCCAAACGGCUGUUGGACGAGCUGCAGCUGAGGCACCACUGCUGCGGGCGCCAUGGGUACAAGGAUUGGUUUGGGAUCCAGUGGGUCAGCAACCGUUACCUGGAUCCCAAUGACCAGGACGUGGCUGACCGGAUCCAGAGCAAUGUGGAAGGCCUAUAUCUGAUUGAUGGGGUCCCUUUCUCCUGCUGUAAUCCCCACUCACCCAGACCUUGCCUGCAAAGCCAGCUCUCAGACCCCCACGCCCACCCCCUCUUUGAUCCCCGACAGCCCAACCUAAACCUCUGGGCCCAAGGAUGCCAUGAGGUGCUGCUGGGGCACCUGCAGGGGCUGGCGAGCACACUGGGCAACAUGCUGGCUGUUACCUUCCUGCUGCAGACUCUGGUACUCUUGGGCCUGCGGUACCUGCAAACGGCACUGGAGGGGCUCGGAGGAGUCAUCGAUGGGGAGGGAGAGGCCCAGGGCUAUCUCUUUCCUGCUGGGCUGAAAGACAUGCUGAAAACAGCGUGGCUACAGGGAGGGGUGGCCCGCAGGCCAGCACCUGAGGAGGCCCCACCAGAAGAGGAACCUCCCAAGGAGGGUCUACCUGAGGCCUAGUGGCCUGGAGCUUGGGGUGGGGAUGAGGGGUGGGGGGAAGGGGAGAGAUGGACAAGCCUGGAAACCUCACAACUCCUUAUAAGGCUCCAGGUGGGGGAGGAGGGAUCUCUGGGAUUAGAGGGUUAAGGAUAGUCAGUGAGCUGGACUGGGGUAGGAGAGAAAACCAGGUGUCCUAGGGCCUAGCCCAUGGCCAGAACCACCAGGGAAGAACAGAAAAAAAAACCAGGGUGGUGGGAAAGUGACAUGGGAAGGACUGGAGGCUGCUUCUGGUGCACAGACUCAAUAAAGCUUUUGGACUGAA